UGCUGCGGCAGUAUUAUUUAAAGAACUCCAUCAGGAGCUUGUGUUCAUUGCUGCUGUGUGAACAGCAUGAGGCUUGUAGAAGUUUGACUAGGAUGCAUCUCGCCACUGCACUGCUGCGCAGUGACUUCUAAAAUUACUCCUGCUGGAGUAAUUUUUGGGACUGGAGGUUUGAGUACAUGGUUGGAGUACGCCCCACCGCAACGUCCGCAACAUGAAUUCAAAAGUACAUGAAUUCAGAAGUACAUGGGGCCCCUGGAUGCCAACAGACAGGGAAGGAGGUCCUCGUCCCUAAAGGGAAACGGGCCACUGAUAUCCAGAGCGAACCUGCCUGCCGCAGAAAAAGGGAGCCUACGGUAUAUAGAUAAAAUGCAAAGCUACCGUCCUUCCAAGGUGGUUUGUCAUCACAUAAGGACAUGAGGGCCCGCUGCGAUCCUUAUGGGACAUACGAUCCUUGGUAUCUCCAGUCCGCUUGUUCAGAUAGGAGGGCCCACACAGCGAUCUGAAAGGGAGAGCCUCCAUGGUUAAAAACAUGAAGAAUCACAUUGCGAUUCAGAAAGGGAGAGCCCCCACGGUGCCUGAACGGAAGCUCACACUGCGAUUCGACCGGGAGAGCUCCCGCUGCAUUUCGAAGGAGAGAGCCCCUGAUAAAUAAAUGGGAGGCUCACUCUGCAAGUCGAACAGGAGAGCCUGCACAGUAUCUGGACGGGGGAGCCUACACAGCAAUUUGAAUGGGAAAGCCCACUCCAGGAGUGGUAGCUAACACACAUCCGAAAAGGGAGAGCUCUCACUGCAUCCAGAUGAAUACGAGCCCUGUGGGGCUUGUAAGCAGGGAGAUGCAAAAAUAGUAGGGAGACUCAGAAAGAUGCUAGUGUUUGUGAUGUAGAUCCGAACAUAUGUUGUUUUAAAGGCGUGCGACCACCAUUGACAGGUCAUUUUAAUUUGGGCUCUGGGCUGCUGUGAUGGCUGCAUCUAUGCAGAAAGAUGAGAAGAAAAAUGGAUGGUUAAAAGUUGUCUGGUGUUUGGCUGAGGGGGAUUGGUUUUGUAAACCUUUGAUGAGGAGAGAUAUCUGGGGACUUGAAAAGUCGGGGCACUGUUGGCCAUGGAUGAACUUGGAGAGCAAUGGAUGCCACUGAGGUAGACUUUGAUUGUUCCUGGCUGAAUUGAAUUGGUAUAAUGGAGGUAAGAGAUGAAGGAGGAUAUUGAGAGGAGGGAAAACUCUGGGAAAAACCAUGUUGUAAGCUCUGUGGAAGUUUUUUGAUAGAACUCCAAGCUGUUCGGUAGGUUUGGGGCAUUAUGGGAGAAACGGCUUGCAGUAUGGUACUUGUGGAUGUGGUAUGAAGAUGUCUUGAGGGAAUGGGCCAGAUGAAUGUGAGUUCUGAAUCAGGAGGAAUUGGAGUUGUUAUGGAGUCUGCUUCCAGAGCCAAUGUUCUAAAUUUGAAAAAUGAGAUAAAGCAUCUGUGAUUUUAUUUUGGUGACCUGGGAUAUGUUCAUCUAUGAUGAUGAACUGGUAACAGGCGGAAAUUCUAAGGGGUAUUUAACAUUUCAGAAUCCCAUAGAUAGGCUGCUACUAUGUGAUACAGGUUUUUGAGAAUGAUUGCUUGGUCUAUGUUGUGGUGGUGGAGAAUUCAUCUAAUUUGGUUACUCCAAUUGGGCUUAUGCUGAAUAAUUACAAAGGUGGAAAAUCAAAAGGGGCAGAUCAUAAAUCCGGAAUCUAGUUCUUUUUGAUGAGGCCUUCCACUAUAUCGUGUCCAGCUGUUGCGGAUUAUAAGUUAUUGCAGAUCAAGCUGGAGUCAGAUAUACUUUCCAGACUGCGGCUGAAAUGUUCUGUCAGGCCUGAAAGAAAUAACUGGUUGGAAAUUUUUGUCUGGAUUGUGUCCAUUUCACUAACUAACUGGGAAAUAAUGAUUGGAGAAGAGAGAGGCAGCAAACUUAGCUGCAAAGCUUGAGGUAGAUAUAAAAAUGACUGCUCCAAAAGAGGAAGAUCAAUGUCUGCACCUGGAAUUAGGGAAUGGUUAUGGGUUGAGAAUGGAGGUUGUUCCAUGGUAACUGCAUUGGGAGGAGCUGGAAGAGUGACUGCUGUUGCGAGAGAAUGAGCUGGCAAGCGACUCAGACCUGAAGAAGUGUUUGGUGUUGGAAAAAGAUGGAUGCUGGGAGGAGGGCUCCAUUACUGACUGGUGUCCAAGAUGGCUGAAGUGAGAGAAAGGAGUUGGUUGGUGGGCGAAAGGAGUGUUGAGAUCAUUUGCGGAGGCAACCUCACGCUAGGAUCUGUGAAUGAAGAAUGUUAGAAGAAAUUGGGGAACAGAAGGGAGGAGAGGAAUGAGGCAAAUUGUAGUAGAAGGAUAGAGGGAGGGUGAGGGACCACUAGCGGAGGCAGCCUCACGCUAGGAUCUGCUUUCUGAUUAGGUUAGUUUGGGGGUGAGAGAAAAAUAACCAACUGUGAAGGCAUCCUGGCGCAUGGGUUAUCAUGAAAAAGAUAAAAAAGAACUACAUUAUCAGAAAACUACACGUUUAACAUUGCCAGGCUUUUAUUUGCUUAAUGGAAUGACUGAGCUGUACAUCUAUAUUCUUUGGCUGCACUGGCUGGUUUAUGGCUGCUGUAAAUUUAUUUAUUUAUUUUUUAAAGCUUCAAGAUUCAAGAGGCUUCACUUCAUAAUCCAUAGAAGGAAGUACAGUACGAGACACAGGAGUAAGUUUGGAUAGUUCUUGCCUGAAGAGUGGAACUGCAUGUGGGAAGAGCUGGAAAAGCAGCGGGACUGUUUUUGCGGCCGCUGUUGUUGACCGUGCAGAAAAACGGCAGAUGAGGAAGUGCGUGCGUGCCGCGGCGGCCUGUAGAUUAGUGUGCUGUAAAUGUUUAUGUUCAGGACACCAGGUCGAAAGAGAAACUUCUGAGUCUUGCUUUUAUGAUGUUGAAGUGUUUUUUUGGCAUGCUGGAACUGUUGAAUGAAAGAAGAUCGUAGAGUUUAGCUUUUGAUGAUCUGCGGGAGAAAUUAAUUCCAGAGCUGGAGAGGACUUGACGUUGGCUGUUGGCAAACCAUUUGAAAUUGGUAGAAUUGGUGUAGAAUGAAGAGAUGAAGUCUGUGAAGAAGACUGAUGAUGUGCAGUUAAACGGGCGAUCUUGAGGGUGUAGGAGAGAGUGGUCAUCCGGAGCAUGGUCUGUAUGAACGCUCAGAAAGAGCAUCUGUGUUUGGAUCUGUGAGAUCCGAUCUUACGCGAGAUGUGACUGUUUGUCGUCUGAAGGGAGAUGGUGGAAUUUCCGUGGUGUCGGACAUUGUUCAGUACGGCACUACCGGAUGCUGGAACAGCUGAGACUGAAGAGAGGUAAGCGGCUGCUUAUAUACUCAGGCUGUUGAUUGGAAGAUUAGAUGGGCUAAAUUACGUGUAUGAACUUCACUUGAUUUCUGAAUCAGUUUAGUUUGAGAUGUUAACAAAAACAGAAGAAAUCAGGAUGGGGCAUAUGUUUCCGCAUCAAUAUAUGAUCAUAUCACUGUCUUUUCUUCUCUUCACUGUUAUCUGCUGAUUUCUGUGUUUUGGUCAAUUGUAGGAGGAGCUCAAUACAGCACUGAAGUCCUUACAGAAGAAACUUCAACACAAUGAAGAAAUGAAAGGAGAGUUUGAGAAAACAGUUCAACACAUCAAGUCUCAAGCUGAGCACACAGAGCGUCAGAUUAAACAGCAGUUUGAGAAGCUUCAUCAGUUUCUCAGAGAUGAAGAAGAAGCUACAAUCACUGCUCUGAGGGAGGAAGAGGAGCAGAAGAAGCAGAUGAUGAAGGAGAAGCUGGAGGAGAUGAACAGACACAUCUCAGCUCUUUCACACACAAUCAAAGACAUGGAGGAGAUGAUGAAAGCCAGUGACGUCUGCUUUCUGAAGGAGUUUCCAGUCUCUAUGGAAAGAGUCCAGAGCUCACAGCCGGAUCCACAGAUGGCUUCUGGAGCUUUGAUUCAUGUGCCACGUUACUUGUGGAACCUGCUGUUCAGAGUCUGGAUGAAGAUGCAGAACAUCGUCCAAUACACGCCUGUGAUUCUGGAUCCAAACACGGCGAAUAAACGUCUCGUCCUGUCUGAUGAUCUGACCAGAAUGGGAUACAGCAGGAUUGAUCAACCUGUUCCUGAUAAUCCAGAGAGAUUUGACCUGGAUUUCUGUGUUCUGGGUUCAGAGGGGUAUAACUCAGGAAAACACUGCUGGGAUAUAGAGGUUAAAUGGAGUUCAUGGUGGAUUCUUGGAGUAACUACAGCAUCAAACCAGAGGAAGGGAGAUGAUUUCUUGGGCACUCAUGAUAUGUGGAGUAUUAGAUACAGACGGUCUGGUUAUGGUUUUCGUGUUAAUCAGGAUCUUGAUCGUGUGAGAGUGUAUCUGGACUAUGACGGAGGAACACUGUCAUUCUCUGAUCCUGUAACUAACACACAUCUACACACAUUCACAAAGCGCCGAUCCUGAGGGCUCGAGCAGCCUCGGAAAAACACGAGAUAUUCUCCAUUCAUUUUAACCAAUAAAAAAUUGGUUGCAACUAUAGGUUUCUAUGGUUAUUUUAAUAACACAUGUCGAGAGCGCAUCAAUUAAAUGUGUGAGCACAAAACUGUCAGCUUUACAUAACGCUGUGUUCUUUGGGAAGCAAGGUUAUCUUUCCCUCACAACCAAAAACACACUUCUAUGGUGACAUUGUUGAUUUCGUGAGGUCCAGUGACCUGUGCAGCGCUGCCGACGACUUCCGUAAACCCAAACGCGCGUCUGAUGUUCAUAUAACGCUCUUGCUCUCUCGCUCUAGUUGACAGAUUUUAAAGCAAUAGUUAAUCUAAUGACUGUUGUUGGAACACAGAUUCCAGUCUGUGAGUAUGUUGAGGUUUCUGUGUGAAGAUUUAUGACCAGAGAAACAGAAGGGUCAAACUUUCUGUUGGCAUAAAAUGGACACAGUGAAACAAAAUGAAAGAGAGAUGGGCAAUGAGCCAGAUAUAAUGCAAAGAUAAUGAAAAUCCUGCCUGUGUAAAAUAAUUGUAGUUACAACUAACAAUUAUUACUAUAAAGAAAGCAGGAUUUAGCCUUUAUAAGCAUUUAAGUAGCAAUUCAGACAAUUAAGAAAGAAGUAAACAAUAUGGAGCAAAUACAUUAUGAGGAAAGGUUUGGGUUUUGUCAAGCAGCCCAAGAUGUAGAUAUGACUGAAAAUAAAGGACAUCAGGACUUAACCUUAUUAAGUAUAGUAAGCCAUAGAAUGUUUUUUAGAGAUGUAGAGAACAUAUGUUUGAGAACAUAUAAAGUUUAACUAAUUAGAUAACUCAAUUAUGUUUUAAGAAUAACAUGAGCUUGGACUGCACAUGUGCAUUGGCUGGUCUAGCCUAAAAAAUAAGCCUUUUUAACUCUACUUAAGUAUAAGAAACAAAAUUUAAGGGACAGUUAAUGCCAAAAUUAGUUGCUGAUUUGGUACAUAAUAUUAUGUAAUAGUGUAAUUAAGAGUUCGGUGAGCAGUUUUUGAGAUUUCAGAAUCCCCAAUUCAAAUAACUUUGUCUUAAAUGUUUGAAACGGAUACACAGAAGCAUUACAAAUAUGGCUGCCAAGCAAACAGAUGCAUCUUGAAAGUGAUCUUUAUUUAUCUAACAAUGGAAGAUGGAAUUACAAUAAGAAUGAAAGAAUUAAUAAUAAUGAAAGUCCUAGGAAAAUAUUAGGCAAUACAAGUAUUUAGAUUAGAAUAUGCAAACAACAUAGAACAAAUUGUUAGGGUUAGGGUUGCAAUAAAGUGUGCAAAAACCAGAUUGUUCUUUAAGGGCUUCUGAGUUUUUCUUUGAAAAAAUGGGAGUGUAUCAGUCUUCUGAGCAGGAUUUAUAGGUUAGUCCUUCACCCAGAAGAGUAGGUGCUCUGAAAACUCAUAAAACAACAUGCUUCAAUAAUAUAGACACAGAACUAGAGAAACCUGGCAAAACAACCUGGAAUAUGGGGAGAGAUUUAAGAGAUAUAGAGACAUUAUUUAAGCUCAAAAGGACGACAAAAACUAUUCAGAUGAGUUUAUACAAUGUGUUAUAUAAAGCUGUUAUAUUGUAUAUUACUAGAAAUAUGGAUGUAUAAAUGAAUUGUAAAGUACAAUGUGAAGGAAUAUGUAUGUUUACAUUUACAUUUUGUUUUAUUAAAACUGCAGAGUAAAACCACAUGCCUGUAAUACAGAUACAUGUUGUCUGGUAGGGGAAAAAUGGAAAAAGAUUAAGAAAAAAUAUUUAUUUAUUUUAAAAGAAGACUUUAAAGGGUGUAUUUGUCAAACCUACAGCAAAAGGUUAUUUGCACAGGGCAGUGUGGAAUAUAAUAAAUACAAAAUGAGAGAACAGGUAGAGGAAACCUGAUGAAACUGAUGUUAGUAAAUAUUGUUAUUAAAUAAUAUUUACUGUGAAUAAAAAUGCUUUAAGGGCAAAAAAGCUAAUAAUAAUCAAUGGACAGAUAUAUGUGACCAAUGUUUGUUUGUAAACACUGGCGCGUCUCAGGCCGAUGACGUCACAGCUCGUCAUUUCAGUCAGCGUCGAGUCUUCUGAGGAGAGUCGAGCAGUUCACGGUAUUUCUCAUAUUUACACGAUCAUUAAACACACUUUAUACAGUUUGAUCAAGCGACAGGCUAAUUUCUGUGUUGUUUUCAUCGAGCACAGCGAUACUUGUGCGUCUUUUCUGUCGUCUUCCUGCUGAAAUAAACAUUUAGUGAAGCAUGUGAGGAAAAUAUGAUGAAUUCAUUCAGACCUGAGCGAUUUUGUGU